AAUUCAAUAUGGCGAUAAUUAGUGUUGUGUCCGCCAACAAAAAUAUAUCGAUGUAUCGUUAACAACAACGAAUAAUUAAGUGAAUAAAUACACGGUUUUCUGCAGAUUGGGUCUUCCCUACAUGCAAGCAAGAAGAGGAUGUUGGGUUGAAGGCAGCUUAUAAGGUUUGCGGUGGUAAAUAACAGCGUGUUUGGACUUAAAAUCGUUUCGGGCAACAUUCGAGGAGGCAAAAUCGGGAAUUUCGUGUGAGAUUAUCCAGCCGAAUAACAUUGUGAUACAGACGGAAUGUGGGACACAUUAAAUUGUAAAAUAUUAUAAUACAGCAGAGAAAAUGACAGACACUAGAAGGAGAGUUAAGCUGUAUGCUUUGAAUGCAGACAGACAAUGGGACGAUAGAGGUACGGGGCACGUGUCCUCCGCAUACGUGGAUCGGCUGAAAGGAAUAUCGUUGCUUGUGCGAGCUGAGAGCGAUGGAUCUUUGCUGCUGGAGUCAAAGAUUCAGCCAGACACAGCUUACCAGAAGCAACAGGACACGCUCAUAGUGUGGUCGGAGGGUGAUAAUUUCGAUUUGGCAUUGAGUUUUCAGGAAAAAGCGGGUUGUGAUGAGAUUUGGGAAAAGAUCUGCCAAGUGCAAGGGAAAGAUCCUUCUGUGGAAAUCACACAGGAUAUAGUCGAGGAGUCUGAAGAUGAACGAUUCGAUGAUAUGUCUGAUUCCGCGCCUCCAAUUGAACUACCCAGUUGUGAAUUGAGUAGGCUAGAAGAUAUAAGUGAAUUGAUCAGUAAUUGUUUGAGCUCCCCAAUGAGGAAGGAGAAGUUGGCAGCAGCUAUAGAAAGUGAAGGCUACAUACGAAAGUUGCUGAAUUUAUUUCACAUGUGUGAAGACCUGGAGAACUACGAGGGCCUCCAUCAUCUUUACGACAUUUUCAAAAAUAUCUUCCUAUUAAACAAGAAUGCCUUGUUUGAAGUGAUGUUCAGUGAUGACGUUAUUUUUGACGUCGUUGGAUGCUUAGAGUACGAUCCGUCAUGUAUAACGCGGAAGAAACAUAGGGAAUAUUUGAAGCAGCAGGCAAAGUUCCGAGAAGCAAUUCCGAUCCGGAACACAGAACUGCUGUCCAAAAUACAUCAGACGUUUCGCGUACAGUACAUCCAGGAUGUUGUCCUGCCAACCCCAUCCGUAUUUGAGGAUAACAUGCUCGGUACAUUAAACAGUUUCAUCUUUUUUAAUAAAGUGGAAAUUGUGUCAUUAGUGCAAGAGGACGAAAAGUUUCUGACGGAGUUGUUUGCUAUGCUAACGGACGUUAACACACUAGAUUCUAAACGAAGAGACUUGGUGUUAUUCCUCAAAGAGUUCUGCAACUACUCUCAGAAUCUCCAGCCACAGGCGAAGGAAACAUUUUACAAAACACUAACGAAUCUAGGGAUUCUCGCCGCAUUGGAAAUAACACUCGCCAUGGACGAUCAGAAGACCAAGACUGCUUCCAUUGAUAUUCUUACAUAUAUUGUUGAAUAUUCUCCAUCGUUCGUCAGGGAGUACACACUCCAACAAUCCAAUAACACUCAUGAGGACCAAAUUUUACUUAACAUAGUCAUAGAGCAAAUGAUUUGUGAUACCGAUCCAGAGUUGGGCGGUGCUGUUCAAUUGAUGGGCGUGUUAAGGAUUCUACUAGACCCUGAAAAUAUGUUAGCACAAGUGAACAAAUCGGAAAAAACAGAUUUCCUGAAUUUUUUCUACAAACACAGUGUACAAAUUCUUAUAGAUUUUCUCUGUUCAGCACCACUAUUGGAGAACACAGCACACGGAGAGCCGCAGAAGGAGGAUUACCAGACAGUGCAAUUACUCGGAUUGAUUUUGGAGCUAUUGUCAUUUUGCGUGGAGCACCAUACGUACCAUAUUAAGAAUUGCAUUUUAAACAAGGACCUUUUGCGAAGAAUUCUGGUUCUUAUGAAAUCAACGCACAAAUUCCUCGUACUUUGCGCGCUUCGCUUCAUGCGCAAACUGAUCGCUCUUAAGGACGAAUUUUAUAAUAGAUAUAUUAUUAAGGGGAACCUGUUUGCGCCUGUAGUCGACGCGUUCGUGAGGAACAAUGGCAGGUACAAUCUCUUGGAUUCCGCAAUCAUCGAAAUGUUUGAGUUUAUCAAACUGGAGGAUAUUAAAACGCUCUGCUCUCACGUGGUGGAGAACUACGGAAAGAGUUUGGAUGAUAUCGGAUACGUUCAAACAUUCAAAACUCUCAAGUCCCGGUAUGAUCAACACCAAGACAAGCUAAAGGACCGCGAUAGAAAUACCCUUGAAAGUAUUUGUUUCAGUGUGCCUUCAAUUUUGCGUAACAGUAGAUACAGACGAGAUCAGCGGCAGCUUGACGAGGAGGAGGAGAUGUGGUUUAAUGAAGAGGAUGAUUUUGAUGAUAAUGAAACGAUGGUGACUUCAAAUACAAGCGAUAUAUUGUCAAAGAAGUUGGACACUGACUUGGAUAGUAUAGGGAAGAUAAUUGAAAAGAAUACGGACACGAACGGACCGAAGAUAAAUAAUAAUUCGUCGCAAAAGGCCACUGUUUUAAAUAACAAUGCUAAUAGCGGUACGGCAUUAGCACUCCCGACAACAAACACGGAAAAUAAAUCGGCCUUAUUUAAGAGAAGUCUUGUUGAUUACGAGGGUGGUGAUUCGGAUGAAGAAGAAGAAGAGAGUGGCGAGGUGACAAAGCGGGCUCGUUUAUCAUAGUAUCUAAUACUGAUGCCGACACAGGUAAGUUCACUACAAACUCAAGUGUCGCGGACCUCAGAGUGAUCUCAUAGUGCGAUAUGAACGGUCAAUUAUAUAAGACAGUGCUGCUAUGCCACACAGUACAGUUCACUAAAGGAUUUGUGAUACAUGCAUAUAUAUAAUAACAACAAAUAAACUGGAAAAUAAAUUAAAGCUACCGGAGAGCAUCCACACAACGAGACGUUCAAUUAGAAUUUAAGUUGUUGUGUACAGGUUUAUUAACUGACUGUUUGAUUAUAGCACGCAAAAAUUGUCAACAAAAAAAAAACAAAAAAGAAUUAUGUAAAUUUAUUUGCAGUAUAAAUAUGAGAAAAAGUAUCAUCUAAUAUUUAUUACUUCCUUUGUAAAUGACGUUUUAUUUCGAUUGUCCUAUUGAUCAUUUUCAAUUUGCUGCAAUGUUUUCAAGAAUAUUCAUUGUUGAAUUUAUUUUUUCUUCAAUAAUUUGCCUUUGACGAACGUAAACAAAUACAUAUGAAUAAUUUUCCAAUGGAGAUGAUGGUAAUCAAUUAGAGAGUGAGAAUAUUAUUAUGUUAUUGAUUUCCUAAGUAUAUGUUAAAAAAUGUUUAGUCCAAGGGAAAACUAUUUUUACGUAUUUAUAAACAACAAAACAAAUGGAUGAAUCGUUGAUAAAGGAUUUUAUGUAAAGAAAGGAAUACACAUUUUACUAAUUUCAUGAUUUUAUUGGAGAAGUUAUGUGAAUUUACUUAUAGGCUAAGUAAUUAGUUAGAGUCUAGAAGAUAGUAUCUUAUAUCUUAUAAAAGUGCGUGUAGUGUCAAUGAAUUAAGAAAAAGUGCUUAGAUUGUGGAUAAAAAAAAUAAAGUACUUCGUACUGUUAAUUGAUUGAUAUACUUUGAGUGAUCAAAAUCACGCAACUGAUUUUUUUGUUAAUACAAAAAGAAAAAAAAAAUAAGAUAAAAUUAUUUAUUAUUGCGUUAACAGUAUGAAGUAACAAACCAAUGGAAAAAAUAGACUAAACAAUUUCAUUCUUAACUUUUUAUUUUGUAUUAAAUGUGAUGAAUAAAUUGUGUUAUAUAACUA